AUUCACGUUCAACAGAAAAUUUGAUUAUCCAAUAUCUAUGUUCCUUAAUGGGACAUUGACAAAGAGAUAUCAAACUUAAAAGAAGAGCAACAGAAGUCGACUCGGAGCGAACAGGAGAAUCAGAUCAGCUGAUUCAAUGUAGACCUUUCUCGUUUAAUCGUUCUUCGUCCCUCUUGCCUUUCUCUCUCGUUCUCUCCCGCCGAUGACCAUCACAGUGACAGCCCCACCCGCGGUGUUACCUUCUCUCUCUCUCUCUCUCUCGCCGUCCUUCUUUGUCUCUUUACCAGGUAAUGCACGAGGUCGUCUGUCGCUGGUGGAAGCCGCUUUCCAAGCGGAGCCUGUUAACCUACUCGGGGUACGAGGCCCCAGUAGUCCCAGUACACUCGCCGCCUUCGGUCCCACAUGUCGCACAGUGCGCGAGUGCGCUUUCAACGCAUGUCGAGGAUUUCGCAAGAAUUUUGGCAACUCCGACCUUGAGUCAAAUCUGCUGGCCGUAGUGGCCCAGAUUCCGCGAACCGGAACUAGCUGAUCCAGGAAGAUGAAGGGAUGGUUCGAUGCCUUUCGCAACGACGGCGGUCCGACGCUCUACAGUUACAGCAACCGCACUCCUGUCACCGGUGAUGUUCCCUUGGUUAUCGUAUUCGUGAUAUUCGGCACCCUGUUCACGGCAUUUCUAGUCAUAUUCCCGGGCGUCAGGAAAGAGCGGUUAACCACAUUUCUCACGGUUACCCUGAGCCUCUUCGUGGGUGCAACGAUUCAAGUGGCGCAAUACGGCUCAUCCUGGCAUACGAGCUCCGCUACCAUUGUCAGCUCUUACAGCGCUUUCUCCAAGCAUAAGGCAACGGCCGACAUAGGCGGUUACAUCGGUUUAAUGCACAUCAAUAUAACAUACAGGCUAUUGCCAAGUAACGAGCAGACGAGCGGUGACGUCGAGUACAAUGAAAGAUUUUGGUGGCGGAGUUCUGGCGAAAUGACCAGUGCAUUCAAACAGGCUCUUCAUCAGGGUGCGCCGUUCCCCAUUGUUUCCUUGGCGGAGUAUUUCAGCCUCCAUCAAGAGGGAUUUUCUUGGGGUUCACGAUAUCGCGAAGCUGGAUAUUAUGCUUCGAUAAUGUUAUGGACUUCCUUUGCCUCGUGGUUAAUGAUGAAUUUGUUACUUAUGGUGGUACCUCGAUAUGGGGCAUACGGCAUGAUUUUCACGGGUUUAUGCAUGUUGUUAACAAACCUGAUCUACACGUCACUCUUACCAUGUGAACCUCUGAUAGCCCACAUUGAGGGUUCGAUUCUUUCUUUCAAUCUCGGCUGGAAUUAUUGGUUGGUGUUGUCAGCUGGUGCUGCGUGCCUCUUUGCGGGACUCGUAAUAACAGCUAUAGACAUGAUCUUCCCUCAUCAAUUUUCGACCAUACUCGAGGUCGACUACGACACGCCGUAUGAUAGGCACGUCAUUAUAGAGGAGAGUUUCGAUACGCGUAACGUUAGGCGGAAAGUCCCCAAGAUUGAAGAUUCGUUCGGCGAUCGAAUAAUGAGUCAACUGUCAUCUAAACUUCAAAGUAGACAUGCCGUUAAAGAGGAUACCGAAGGUGUCAUUAAUCGGGGCUAUACGUCGCACGAAUUGUCCGAAUUCCCGCAAGAAAUUGGUGAUGAAUCUAGCAAGAGUAAUUGGUCGUAUCCAUUCCCGCCAACCUCACGCAGAACCAUUAAUGCCUAAUAUAUUUCUCAAAUGCUACGGACAAUUACGAUACUCAUCGACUUUCCUAAACUAUUAAAAAUACUUAGAUAGGUAUUUUAUUUUAUAGGUAUUUUUAUUUUAUGAUUAUUUAAUAUUAUUUAAUAAAAAAAAUGAAUCCAAGACAUCUCUGACUUGAAUCAUA